CUUUGAAAUCAUGGUCCCUCGUCGGGAAUUGUAAUUAAACCAUCUGAGAAAAAGAGGGACAGGGAAAACGCUCUGUGUGUCAUACAACGCUGAUACUCAACGGUCAUCACAUACCCAAACGAGAAUAUGUGUGGAAAUCAAUGUUUCUUUUCAAGGAAAUCUCUUCUAUUCUUGAAGGCGGAUUGAUCUCUGAGGCCCUUGGUAUAAAAUUAUAUUUCUUAAUACCGAAACCAUUGUGAUGUUUGAAAUAACCACUGAUGAUAGCGCAUGCAGAAAUAAAAAAUGAGAUAAAAAGAAGGAAAAGAACAAGAAGAAGAAGAAAAAAGAAGAAGAAGAAGAAGAAGAGGAAGGAGAAGAAGAAACCAAAAGCAAACCAAACCCACCUACGUAUACAGUUAUAACACAUUCAUGCUAAGAAGUGUCAAGUUCAUCAAACUAUCCAUUCGAACCUUCACCCCGCCCCCACAUCUCGCUCAUAGAUUAAACUGGUUUAAUGAUAACGCUCAUUUGCUUCAAUUAGUAACCUGUCUGUUUGAUUAACGGAAUCACUAUAUGUACCGCAUGAGGUGUACGGAGUGUACGGGACUGGUUGUAUGAUCUGCCGGUCUGGCGAACAAAACACUACGCAUCAAACUAUUAUGACCUGGAAGGUAUCAGUACACCAAGUAAAGCCACUUUCAGAAUUGAGUGUUCGAACUAUUGAUUAAAAUGCUGGUACGUAGAUAUAAAUUUGAUUAGACUAAACAUCCAUCCAUUACACAGCUGUAGUACAUCAUGAUGGAAAUAUAAUGAAAGUUCUGUAGCCUUUCUCAAGGUUAUCAAACAGAUCGGAAAUACACGGAAGGCCGAGUAGGACGUUGUAAUGCACCCGGUACGUUGUUAAAGUACUGUUAUUACGUGAAAAAAGAUAAGAUUGUGACACACACACAAAACUACACGAGGGUCAAGGGGUUGACUAGAUCGUCCAUUGUCGAACUCUUCAACAAUGUCGACUGCAAUGACAACAGACUCAUCCCCUCUUUUGUCCUCUGACCAACAUAACGAAUACAAUUCGAUCAGCGAUGAAUCUGUGGCGCUCCGUACGUCAUCGUCACAAUCAUUGUCGAUAACGUGCUCGUCGAGAGAGAAGAGUAUACACGACGUUGUUCGAAGCGAAGGACGACAACGGUUUGGUUGUUUUUCUUUACGGCCGUCAUGGUUACAGUGUUGCAACAAUCCCAAAGGAUUUCUAGUAUGGCUCUGUGGUUUCGCUUUCACCCAAAGUUACGUGACUAGUGGUAUUGUCUAUACUGUUACCACCACAUUGGAGCAGCGAUUUAGUCUUCCCAGUGUGCAAAGCGGCUUCCUGGCCUCCUGUUACGAUCUUGCUCUCCUUGUCGUUGUUUUAGGGGUAACAUAUUUUGGAGAGAAUGGCAAUAAGCCCCUAUGGCUCGGCAACGGCGCCCUUAUAUUUGCUGCUGGUUCUUUUCUCUUCGCCCUUCCACAGUUUACUACAGGUCUCUACGAGCCAUCGACUUUAUAUUCAGAUACUUGUGAUCCUACAUCAAACGUAACAAACCCUUGUGAUGUUGAUGACAAUGAUAACACGACACUAAGCUCUUAUUACUGGGUGUUUAUAGCAGCACAAUGUCUUCAUGGACUGGGGGCCGCCCCCAUCUACACACUUGGAGUUACUUAUAUAGACGAAAGCGUGUCGCCCCAUAUGGCAUCCAUUUAUCUUGGGAUAAUCCAAGCAACCUCAAUCCUAGGUCCAGCUCUUGGCUAUCUCCUUGGUGGAUACUUUCUUAGUAUCUAUGUCGACCCGGGUGAAGAUCCAGAGAGUUUGGGUUUAACACCAGACAGUGUUCUAUGGGUAGGAGCAUGGUGGAUUGGUUUUAUCACAAGUGGAUGUAUGGCUCUCAUUGUCACUCUACCACUACUUGGAUUCCCAAAAUAUCUACCAGACGCCAAAAAUAUCGAUGGUAAGCUCGACCAUCAUCAAACUCAGAAGGGGUCAGAAUUCAUCACUCAGACCGGAUUGGCCAACUCUGUACGUGAUAUUCCUCGUGCCACCCUCAAUCUUGUUACCAAUAAACCAUUCAUGUUGUUAAAUUGUUCGGCAGCGACCGAAUGGUUUAUUAUCUCGUGUCUUGCAGCAUUUGGACCCAAGUUUUUUGAAUCACAGUUCUCACUGUCUUCAAGUGAUGCUGCCUUUCAGACAGGUCUGAUCGUUAUUCCGUCGAGUUGUGUUGGUUGUCUGAUUGGAGCCUUCCUCGUCAAACAUUUCAAACUUUCUUUCUCGGGAAUGGUCAAGUUUUGCAUCGGUUCUUUGAUGUUUUCUCUUGCGUGCAUGUCUUUGUUUUUAACCUAUUGUCCCGACCCUCCUAUGGCGGGAGCUACAGUACAGUACUAUAACACGUCCAUUCCUCUAAAUGAAGAGAACAGUACUAAUUUCACUGCUGAAUGUAAUAGCAACUGUCACUGUGCUGCAACCUACAACCCCGUAUGUGGUAGCAAUGGUGUCGUCUACUUCUCAGCCUGCUUUGCUGGUUGUACGAAAGAUGAAUAUCCCGAUGAUGUGGAAAGUGACAGAGUAUAUCAAGAUUGUAAAUGCAUCCAAGAUAGUAUCAACCACACAGAGUAUUCUGGUUCAGCAGUCUUAGGUUUAUGUGAAGACGAGUUUUGUGACAAGAAACCUUUGUUUAUGGCUGGACUUUUCUUUGCAUUGGGCUUCACAUUUCUGGCUCUCGUACCGUCUAUUCUCGCCACAAUGAGAUCUGUUUCUCAUUCUCAACGAGCUUAUGGUCUAGGAAUACAAUCAUUCAUUUAUCGACUACUAGGCACCGUCCCAGGACCAAUUAUACUAGGCGCCCUCAUCGACAGAGUCUGUUUAGUAUGGGAAAGCAACUGCGACGGAUCUCGAAGCUGUUGGCUCUACGACAACCAAGAAUUCAGCAAAAUAUUCUUCAUCGUGACAGUCAUAUGCCGAUGUUUAUCUCUCAUCUUCAUGAUUCUCUCACUAAUGACUUAUGUACCACAAGGGAAUGAGAUUCAAGAAGAGGAAGAAGGAAUAGAAGAACAUGAAGAAGGGAUCGAGGAGAAUUCACAAGCAUUUCUUACAAGCCAAACCACUUCAUAUUCAAAGACACCCACGCCGUGAUGACUGCGUCAUUUGCAUCAUUAACGGACUCUUUGAAAUAGUGCUGCGUUAGUGAAUCCUCUCACAAACUGAAAUAAAAAAGGAAUACUCUCCAUUAAGUUACUAUAUUUUUUUUCAACUUUAAGUCGGCUUGCAUGUAUAAUUAUGUUCGUUAUGCUCAGCAAUUUAAAAUAGACUCUUCCUAUCUUACCGACUGACUGAUCGUCAGUCGGUUAACACCAUGAUACCAUUUCAUGAGGCUUUUUCAGCUCUGACCAGUGUCAAUUACCAUACAACAUUCAGAGACCAAUGCUUCCCCCGCGUGCUUCCCAGCCAAUCAAAACCAAAUAAAGGAUUUCACAACAAUAGAGGUGACGAUUUAGUCAGUGUUUGUACUUUCAUGAAACUCCCCCGACUCUUUAAUGCGAGUCUGGAUAAUACAGGUUAACAGUUCCGCAUCGUAACUUUCAAAAUAUAAGUGUGCGGUAUAACAACGAUACGCUAUGAUAAUCAAUAUGAGUGUUCAUGUAUACACUACUAUCUUAUAAAUUAUUGUUUGUAAAUAAUGAAUCGCAAUGUAUAAACUGCAAUCGAUUAAUGUAUGCUGCAACACUUCAUUCUGUUUUACCUUGUCCUGAACUUUUAAACAUACAAUACCUUGGAGUACUCAUCUGGAUUUUUUCAAUGAAAAUGCAAUAAUUUUUUUUUUAUAAAUCAAAAAGCAAUAAGUUGUUAUUGCUGUUUGUCAUUUUUAUGCGAUAAAGCGCAACUUAAACAUUUAAUUUACAUUUCCAUAAUCACAUACUGAAAAGAUACUGAAAUAUCGUGCAAAAUACUGAUGAGCUUACAGUACAGUCUA